UUGAAACAAUAGGCAAGAAAAUAGCUGAAAGAUGUAAAGGUUUACCUUUGGCAGCGAAGAUGUUUGGCGGUGUCCUACGUAAUAAAAUAAAACCCAGUGAAUGGGAAGAUACCUUAAAUAACAUAAUAUGGGAUCUUCCAACGACAAAGAAUGAUGAGGUUCUCCCUAUUUUGAAAUUGAGCUAUGUCCAUCUUCCUUCCUAUUUGAAGAGAUGCUUUUCUUAUUGUGCAGUAUUUCCUAAGGAUUACGAAAUUGAGAGAGAUGAGCUAGUACUCUUAUGGAUAGCGGAGGGAUUUUUAGAUGGACAAAAAACAAAGAAAAAUAUGUUGGAAUUAGGAUGGAAUUACUUCGAUGAAUUAGUAUCAAGAUCAUUUCUUCAAAAAUCAAGUGUUGACACAUCUAAGUUUUCAAUGCAUGAUCUUUUGAAUGAUCUAGCAAAGUCAAUUGAGGGUGAGAUAUGCUUUAGCUCUGGGGAGUCUCAACCGGCAAUUAAUGAAGAUUAUGCAUCUCUGGAGAGAGCUCGUUAUGCAUCAUUCAUCUGGUCGCAGUUUGUUACACCAAAAUGCUUGAGGGCAUAUCAUGAUAUGAAGGUAUUAAGAAGUUUAAUAUUGGUGCGUAUUGGAUCUAGUGGGAACUCUCUCCUUAUAUCCGACAAGGUGCUGCAUGAGUUGCUGACAAACGUGAAGUUUCUGAGGGUUUUUUCAUUAUGUCAUUGUAACAUCGUAGAGGUACCAAAUUGUGUUCGUGAAUUAAAACAUCUUCGAUAUCUCAAUUUCUCGAACACUUAUAUCGAAAGGCUACCCGAGACUAUUGGCAACUUGUGCAAAUUACAAGCUUUGAUCUUAAGAGAUUGUCAUAAACUUUCAAAGUUGCCUAACAGUAUCACAAAGUUGGCCAGCUUACAGUUUCUUGAUGUUAGGGAUACAGAAAGUCUAAAAGAGAUGCCACUGGGUAUCAGUAAUUUGAAGAAUCUUACUAUAUUAUCCAAGUUUAUGGUAGGAACAGAGAAAGGGUUACAGUUAAAGGAGUUAAAGACCCUAUCGCAUCUUCAAGGAGAAUUAUGCAUAUCAAAAUUACAAAAGGUGGAAGAUGUUAGAGAUGCCGUUGAUGCUAACUUGUUAGGAAAGCAAGGCCUAAGAAAAUUAUUCUUGCAUUGGGAUGAAGAUUUUGAAAUUUUUCGGAAUGAUAAGCACGAAUCACAGGUGCUUGAGUCUUUGCAACCUCCCAUUGAUAUUGAAAAUCUCACUAUUUUGAACUAUGGCGGUGCAAUAUUCCCGUCAUGGUUAGAUGGUUCAUCAAAUUCUCGGAUAGUGUCUUUGAGCUUGUGGGACUGUCCUUAUGUCACGUCGUUGCCUUCACUUGGACAAUUACCUUCAUUGAGAGAAUUAUCUCUUAAAGGUCUAAAUGCAGUAAGAAUAAUAGGCUCUAAUUUUUACGGAGGUGAUAGGCCUUUUUCUUCCUUAAUUACUUUGCAGUUCGAAGAGAUGUUGGCAUGGAAGGAUUGGUCUCCUUAUGUGGGGGGCCCAAAAGAAGAAGUCCCAUUCUCCUGUCUUGAGCAUCUUGUUGUUCGAAGCUGUCCUUCGUUGGUCGAGACAUUGCCCUGUCAACUUAAUCGUCUUAUCAAACUUGAAAUUCAUUCAUGCCAACAAUUGAAUAACUCAACUAGUGAGUUAUGUCUUCCAUCUCUCAAUGAGUUAUACCUUGAGGAGUGCAGUAAGGAGAUCUUAAAGAGCUUGUUCAAGCUAACUUCUUUGACAGUUCUCAAAAUUGACAAACUCAUAGAGCUUGUUUCCUUUGAUCAUCGAUUUAUGAGGUUCUUGGGCAAGCUAAGGAAGCUUCAUAUAGGAUUGUGUGACAAGCUAACAUGCUUGUGGCAAGAUGAAAAUGAAACGCAAAAUCUCACUUGCCUCCAAGAAUUAACCAUUGAAAGGUGUGCUCGAUUCACAUCUUUUGUGGCAGGAGACGGAGAGAUAGAGCUACCCUGUAAUCUUGAAAGGAUGGAAUUGGUGGAUUGCACAAGUUUAGAAAAGCUUCCAAGCAAGAUGCAUGCACUUAGGCAUUUGGUGAUUGAGAAUUGUCCAAAAAUCAUGGCUCUAAACAUUCCUCAAGGUGACCCAAAGAGCAAUAAUUUGAUUUCUCAACUUGAAUCUCUUAAGAUACAUCAUUAUGAUUCUCCAAUAUCCUUUUCAUUUGCCAAGGGUAGACUUGCUCCUCUGAAGGCACUUGAUAUAUACAACUGCAAGGGAGUGGACUCGUUGGAAGGGAUUGCCGUAGAAUCGCUUGAAAAAAUGACAAUUAACAAUUGUCAAAAUAUGGGAAGCUUACCACAGUGCCUUCACAUGCUUUCCCAUCUCACUCAAUUGCAUAUUUAUAAUUGUCCAGCAUUAGAGAUACAUGACUCCCCUCCCCUUCCUGUCACCCUCUCGAGUCUUGUUCUUAGUCAUUGUUCUAAGAUAAAGUCUAUUGCCAAUUGUAACCUUGCCAACUGUAACAAUCUCACUAAAUUGAAAAUAUGGCAGUGUACAGUAUUGGAGAUAGAGGACUUCCCACCCCUUCCCAUCACCCUGCAGAGUCUUUCACUUCAGGGUUGUCCGAUGAUAAAGUCCCUACCAAAUCAUUGGCAUCAUCUUACAUCUCUCGAAACGCUAGAUAUUCGGUUUUGCAAAAAUAUCAAAUGCUUCCCCAAAGGAGGUUUGCCUCCCAAAUUGCGAGUCCUUAUAAUUUCGGGGAUCGUGAAUCUGAAGCAGCCAGUGAGAGAGUGGGGCCUACACCUACUUACAUCUCUCUCGAGUCUGGGCAUUGAUUUUAACAUGGGAGGGGAGAGAGAGAAGGAGUGGUUUCCUUCGGAGGAUGAGGAUGCCUGGAGUCUCUUUCCUUCUUCUCUGACUAAUCUUUGGAUAUUUGAGUUGAGAAACGCGGAAAGACUAUCGAGCGGUCUCCGCAACCAUCUCCCCUCUCUCCAAUUGUUAUUAAUUGGAGAUUGCCCCAAGUUGAGGUACUUGCCAGAGGAUGGCUUCCCUCCCUCCCUCCAACAAUUGUUCAUAGAGAGAUGCAAGAUUCUGAAAGAGCGAUGCUCAAAACUCACUGGCGACUAUUGGCCCCUCAUCGAAGAGAUCCCUGCCAUCUGGAUUGAUUACCAGCUGAUCCGAUGAAUUGAUUCAUGCAUCUACACUACAGUCAGUUUUCUUAGGGUUUGGAUACCAUUGUGAUCUUGCAUUGGCAAAAUCUCUUGGAAGGAUCACGUGCGAAUGCUGCUAAGGUGGUUAGAAAAGCAGAGCUGCAUUUGCCUAGAUAACUUUUGAGCAACCUCGCAUAGUUUUGCUUGACGAGCCAUUCAAUCAUCUGCCUAUCCACAACUGUAGGAUUUGGAUGUAGCUGAGGUGCUCGUUCAAGGCCUAGUCUUCUUCCAAGGAGUAAUUCUGAUGGUUAGUCACGAUGAGCAUCUAAUAGCUAGAAGCUUGGAUGAGGUCUGGGUGGUUUCACAAGGCAAGGUGGCACGUCUCCAUGGGAAUUUCCAGGACCAUAGGAAUGUGCUCCAGUUUUUGUUGAAUCAAGUGAAUCUAGUUAUUGCCAUCAAUUAGGAGCGGUUCAUUGGGUUCACAUUACCUCACAAAACAGAAAAUGAGGCUUGGCUACAUAAAAAAAGCGAAAAAAGGAUGAAGAGAGGAUUGUUGCUGAUAUACAGGAUGGACUCACAGUUACACCAGCCCUCAUUUGUCAUUUAUACUUGAUAAGGCCUUGUGAAACGAUGAGUCUUAAGUUUUUGACAUCAAGCAUGCAGUAUCAUUUACAAUAGCUUAAGAACUGAGUUGGGAUUGCCAUCCUGGUAUAAUUAUGAUUCUUUGCACA